UCUGUCUCUGUUUUUGUCUCUCUCUUUUUCUCCCUUCUCUGUCUCUGUCUCUCUCCCCUCCCCCAUGCGCAUGAACACAUACUACAACCUACUCUUUAAAGAGUAUCACAACCCAGCCCUCAUGUCCCCAUGUCAUCUGUUUUCUUUUGUGGAGAAGUAAAUCAGCAAUUAGUGCUCCAUCACAUCUAAGCCAGGUCAUCGUCACUAAUACUGAAUUUUCCCUUCUGACCCUGAAAUCCUUCCUAAACCCUGAGGAUCAGCCUCUCACCCUUCAUACUGAAGGGCCAAUCCCAUACCUGCCUGACAAUGAAUGUCUCCCACCCCCUGAUCCUUACAGUGGAUUUCCUUCAUCCUGCACUGAAGCUCCUGCCCUCCCCCAUCCCUAACAUAUAUUCUCAUCCUUGAAUUUUAGCCCCCCCUUCCCUGAUACUCAGCCUUGAAUCCCCCCUCACUGAAACUGGGCGCCCUCGUCCCUGACAAGUGAGCCUCCUCUGUCUCCGAUACUGAACCCACUCAUCGUUAACACAGGGCCUCUCCUUCCAGACACUGAGCCCUCUAUCCUUAACACCAAAUCCUCCGUUGGUGACACUGAGCCUUCACCAUGCCUGUCGCUGAAUCCCUGAGCCCAGAUCUCAUCUCUCCUCCUUCCUCUCUGGGCCCCAAAUAUGGGCAGAACAUGAGUACUGACUCUCUACACUUCCAGUGAGGGCUUGGAAAGAGUAGCGGGGGGAAAGGGAGGGCAUUUCCUUUUCCUGAAUUCUGGAAUCCUUUGGGAGGAAAUAGGGUGGAGGGACAGGCUGGAGAGGAUAUGAUGCUGGGAGUUUAAGAGAACUGAUAUUCUUGGAAGCCUUUGUUGAUCCUUUGGGGAAAAGGCUUAGGGACAGGACGAACUUGGGAUCGGGAGCAUGGCUGCCAGGUAUUUGAAACUUGUGGGGGAACUGUGAGAGGGGAAUUGGGUCAGGUGAGAUGGGGACACCAGGAUCCUGAGUGUUGGCAUAAUUGAUUUCUGGUAGGAUUCUGAGGGCUGGUGUUCUGCAACCCCUUCCUGCUGUAGCUUCAGUUUCCUGAUCCCUUAAAGGGAAGGGAGACAGGUCUGAGAUCCCUGGUGACUAUGGAAAAUGGUUUUAGUAGCCCUGGGGGUAGGGCUAGGAGUGUUAUAUGUAAUAAAUAGGAUUGUUUUUAGCUUCCAUAGAGUUAUGGGUUUGGACAGAAUGACUACCACCCCCCACUACCACCCACCAGGGGCUACUGGAAAAGAAGGAAUGAGGUCUUUAGGAUUUGGGUUCUUAGACCUGAGGCUAUCCACAGCCUAGCUGGACUUUAUCUAGAAUUUACUUCCCCUCUGGUCUGGGGUCCCUCGCAUUAUGGAACUGGGGAGUCCCCUGUCCUCAUGUCCCAAAAGGAUUUAAACCUCGGAGAUACAAGGAAUGUGGAUGAGCCAUGUGGUAGAGACACACCCACCCACAUUCCCAGUUGGGCUGGGGGGGGUUGGUAUUGGGCGCCCUUGGCAGACCUUGGCUCCCCCUUCCCCCCCACCCCCCUCAGGUGGCUCCACCAGGGCCCCUGCCCCUCACCUGAGUGCCAUGGAAUCCAUGUUUGAGGACGACAUCAGCAUCUUGACCCAGGAGGCGCUGGGGUCUGGCGAGGUGUGGCUGGAUGGGCCGGGGGGCCCUGUGCUGGGCAGUGACAUGUGUUCUGCCUCCCACUUCGCACUCAUCACAGCCUACGGGGACAUCAAGGAGCGGCUGGGGGGGCUGGAGCGGGAGAAUGCCACCCUACGGCGCCGACUCAAGGUGUAUGAGAUCAAGUACCCAGUGAUUGGUGACUUUGGAGAUGAGCACAACUUCUCUUUGUAUGAAAUUAAGGAGGGCUCCCUGCUGGAGGUGGAAAAGUCCAGUCUACAGCAGCGACUCAAUCAGUUCCAGCAUGAGCUCCAGAAGAGCAAGGAGCAGGAAGAACAACUGGGGGAGAUGAUCCAGGCCUAUGAGAAGCUGUGCGUAGAGAAGAGUGACCUGGAGAACGAACUGGGGGAGAUGCGGGCUUUGGUGGAGACACACCUGAGGCAGAUCUGUGGCCUGCAGCAGCAGCUUCGGCAGCAUCAGGGAGGGGGGGAGAGCACCUUCCCCAGCCUGAGCCCCCCAGCCGCUCCUCUCCACACUGACCCUGAUCUUGACCUCCACUACCUGGCACUUCGAGGAGGGCCUGGCCUUGGCCAUGUGCUAGAGCCUUCUCUGGGCUGGCCCAGCCCACCCAGUGUUGGGGAGCUAGAGAGGAGGAGGCUGGAAGAGGCUUUGGAAGCGGCCAGAGGGGAGGCGAGGGGGGCCCAGCUCCGGGAAGAGCAGCUCCAGGCUGAGUGUGAGCGGCUGCAGGGAGAGCUGAAGCAGCUCCAGGAGAGCAGGGCUCAGGAUUUGGCCUCCAACCAGUCGGAGAGAGAUAUGGCUUGGGUGAAGAGAGUUGGAGAUGACCAGGUUAACUUGGCUCUGGCCUACACAGAACUGACCGAGGAACUGGGCCGGCUCCGGGAGCUCAGUUCCCUUCAGGGGAGGAUUCUGCGGACGUUGCUGCAGGAACAAGCCCAGAGGAGCGGCCAAAGACACUCCCCUCUCUCCCAGCGCCACACCCCAUCUCCACAGUGCCCUUCACCGUCCCCGCCAGCUCGGGCCCCCCCGCCCGGGCCCCAGUGUCAGUCCCCAGUCCCCCAGCGCCGUUCCCCGGUCCCACCGUGCCAUUCCCCCCAACAGCGCCGCUCCCCCGCCUCGCCGUCCUGUCCAUCCCCCGCUCACCAGCGCCGCUCCCCUGUGCCUCUGCCGCCCCCCCCGCCAUGCCAGUCCCCUGCCCCCCAGCGCCGCUCUCCGGUGCACCCCCCCUGCCCGGCUCCCCCGCCCCGGCCCCCACCAGGGGAGAGGACUCUGGUGGAGUUGGCCUACGCCAAGCCCCCCAGUCACCACGUGAAAGCCGGCUUCCAGGGGCGCCGUAGCUACUCGGAGGUGGCGGAUGGGGCGGGCUACGCGGGAGCGUGGCUGCAGGCCGAGGCCUCGACGCUGCCCAAGCCCCGACCCUACGGCGGGGAGCUCUACAGCCCCAGCCGGCCUCUCAGCCCCCGGAGCACCUUUGAAGGCAUCCGGCUUCGCUUCGAGAAGCAGUCCUCAGAAGAGGAAGAGUGGGCUGUGCCCAGCCCCCCCAGCCCAGAGUCAGGCACUAUCCGCUGUGCUUCUUUCUGCGCCGGCUUCCCCAUCCCCGAGACGCCCACCGCUGCCUACACCCACGCGGAACACGCCCAGUCCUGGCCGUCCAUCAACUUGCUAAUGGAGACUGUGGGUUCAGACAUCCGAAGUUGCCCUCUCUGUCAGCUGGGAUUUCCCGUUGGGUACCCGGACGAUGCACUCAUCAAACACAUUGACUCACACCUGGAGAACAGCAAGAUAUAGGGCACACCCACCCUCCCCUUGUUGACCAUUCAUUCUCUCCCACCUCUUCAGACCACCAUUUCCCCUACUUUGAAUGCUGCAUGAUUCUCGCAGGGUCCGUCCUCCCUUACCUCUGCUACUCUGGCCAAGUGUGCUGUCUCUUUACUGUGCUGCUGGUCACCAUAUAGCUCUGGCUCAUCCCAGACAGAGCUGCCAAGAUCUACUCCCUCCCCCUUCCACCCCUUCUCUGGCUCCUUUUCAGGGAAGUGGGGGACUGGGAUGGAACGGGUCAGGGCUGUCCAUCUCCCUGUGAGUCUCUUUGUCCUUCCUGUUCUCAAAUUGUGUUGGAUGCAGUAAAAUCUCCAGUGUUGUUGGGCUAAUGGGGGGGGGGGGGAGGGAAGGUAAGGGGAUUUGUGAACUCCAGAAGGCCCCAGCCCACCCUGGAGAUGUGUCUGUGAUGUGUCGUAGCUCUGCCACAUUUCACCCCAUUUAGGUCCUUUAUGCCCCACUCUCAUUCCAGGUCCUCAGCCCUGCUAGGCAUUGAUGUCAGAUGCCAACUCUUCCCUAUGCACUGAGUCUCCUGGAGUGGGGUACCCAGGGGAGAAAAUACCAGAUAUAGCCACCCCUCAUCCCUCUCCUCCCAUACAUGUUUGUCCUCCAUCCAUCCCAGGGCUACCUCUCCCUACACUAUCCCUAGAAAGGUCUUCCCUCUCUCUCUUCUCCCCCAUUCCCAACUGCCCCCCAGCAGGGACUGGAUGAUUAACUGCCUUCCUAGACCUGAGCAGAAUAGCAGAAUAUUGCGUGUGUGUGUGAGAGAGAGAGAGAGACAGAGAGACAGAGAGACAGAGACAGUCAGAGACAGACAUAGACACAGAGAGAGACUGAGUAGUGAUGGGAUUGCAUUAGAAAGGUACCCUGGAUGUUCCAGCUUAGGUUGGCAGGGUCUUCCCCUUCCCCCCAAAUGGGUACCAUUAGUUUCAACUUGCUGGAUCCAGAGGCUCAAAUGUCUGCCUGAUUGAGUUCCUGCAACUUUCACCUCACAUAGUGGUGGGGCAGAUCCUCUUCUCCUUUUGCCCAGACCCCAUUACCAUAAGUGCCCUGGGAACCCAGAAAGGGCUGGUGCCAGGUCAGGCAUGGACAUUGGCAUUGCUUCCUGGGUGUCAGACCGGAUUCCUGUAAAGUGGGUGGGUUGGUAGGCAGCCCAAACUGUUCCCCAGUGCCCAGGUGGGAGUGGGCAAGGGUGGGCACCUGGACCCAGCCCAACCCUGAGAAUUAUUGGCCAAGGGCAGGCUGCUGAGAUCUGCUUCAAAAAAGAGCUAACUCCUUUUACUGCUCCUCCUCCCCACCUCCCACCCACAACUCCCUCUGUAAAAUCUACCUCAGAGUUGAUAAAUCCCAGAAGGAUGGGUAUGAGGGGACGGGCUAAGGGGGAGGGAAGACCCCCAGGGCCAAGAAGGGGAACUCCCCACAGCAAGAGCCCGGACCCCCAGUGAUUAAACCAACUUCCCCUCUCCCCCCACAACCACCACUUGGUGGUCAGAGGAGGAAGAGUGCUGCUUUCAAUGCAUGUACAGUUCUGAUCCAACUCUUCCAGAAUCUCCCUGAUCAUCACAGCCCUCCCUGACCUCUGGUUUCCUAACCCUCUGCCUCUAUUCUGGGGGUGCUGGGUGUGGACACAAGAGGGAGACGGGCUGCAAGAACUCCAGAGACACACGGACCUGGCUGUAUCAUCUGGACCUGAAAGUUCCCCUGGAAGAGGGGAAGAGGCACAAGAGAGGAGGGAGAGGGGGGCCCUGUGCUCUGUGAACAAAAUAAAAAGUCCAAAUAAAAGUCACCUGUCCCAUGUGCAUAAUCCUGCUCCUUCCCCUUUGGGAGAAA